AUGGACUUUGGACUAGCAGCAGAAAUAGAAAAAAAAGAGUCAGCAUCCUUUAAGGGAAUGAAUAUCCCAAUAGAGAUCCUGGCAAAUAUAAAAUACAAUAUAGCCACUCCCAUCCAAAGAAAAGUAAUACCAAAAUUACUCUCAGGCCAAGAUAUAAUAGCCAUAUCCAGGACAGGAAGUGGUAAAACGUACGCCUACGUAAUACCAAUCUUAAUGAACCUCUUAAAAAACAGACAAAAAAAGACAGUAUAUACAACAGCAAAGGCAAUAAUAAUAGUACCAACCUAUGAAUUAGCAAACCAAUUAUCAGAUACCUUUAAAGAACUCAGUAGUAAUGGUGUACACCCAGCCAUGUUCACAGGAAUAGGAACAGUCUCACACUCACUAAAUUAUCUAGUAGUAGGACAAUUUGAAGUAGCAAUUUGUACACCUGGUAGACUAGAACAUAUACUAACAGACGUAUCAGCAUCAGAUAAUAAGCCAAUAUAUAUGAAAGUAGAUGAAAAUAACCAUAAAAAAGAGAUAUGUAUAACGGAUACACAAAUACUACAGAAAAUAUCACAGCCAGAUAUAGUAGUAAUAGAUGAGAUGGAUAGAAUAUUAGAAGAUAAGAGUCUAUCACUAUCACUCCAAAGGAUCCUAGAAUACUUUAAGAAUGACCCACAGUACGCCCUAUUUAGUGCUACUCACCAUAAGGAUAGUACACAAAUCAGGAAUAUUCUUAAUAGAAAGGAUAUGGAAUUAAUAGAAGUAUUAGGUGGUGUAUCAGAUCACUUGGAAAGUAGUAGAUUAGUCAUAAAUAAUCUGCAUAUUCAAGAAGAGAUAAAAAUGCCCAUAUUAAUGUCUCUACUUAAGGUACACUCAGGACGAGUACUUGUCUUUGUUAGUACCUGCAAGAGAUGCACUAUGGUCUCAGAAGCAGUCAGUAAGACAGGACGUAAAUUAGGCAUACUAAACUCAACACAGUCAGAAGAAGCCAGAGACCUGGUUGUAAAGGGAUUUAAGACAGGAGAUAUCUCAGUACUAGUCACAACAGACGUAGGCUGCAGAGGACUAGAUAUAAGGGGUAUAGAUGUAGUAGUAGAAUACGACUACCCAGCCUGCCGUAGUACUAGUGUACAUAGAGUAGGAAGGUUGAAUAGAGGCAGGAGUGAAAGGGGAAUUGUAUACGCACUCAUCAGGACAGCAGAUAUUCCUACAUACCUGGCAUUCUUAAAUCACAUUCACACAGAGAAACCCAGGGAUAUGACUAGGUGCAGUAGACUGUGCUUCCAUAUGGAUAAGUGUGCUACUAGUACAGGGCACAGUAACUGUGCAUAUCUGGGACUAGGGACAGUGCCAGCCCAGUACUACGAUGGGGCACAGGAAGUGGCUAGGUCUAUUGUCACAGAAGAUGCAGGAUAUGACAGGUCAUACGCCAGAUAUGCUAAGACUAACCCAGCAGAGAAGGUAGAUGCACAGUGGGUGGUCAGGGCAGUCUCAGUCAGGGAUAUACCCGUGCACCCGUGCUUCCACAUGCAGGAGAAGCCUGUCCUGGCUGCAAUCCGGGCUUAUAAGGCACGGGGCAGAAGUGGGCCUGGUGUAGGACGGGAAAGAGUUAAGAAAAUAACCCAGAAGAGUGAGACCGUGGAUAUGGAUAAGUUUAAGGACCCUGCCUUCAUUCCUUACGAGAAUGUGAAGUCAAGCACAUUCGCACCCUGCCCAGAGAUGCGUGAUGAUAAGUCAGGGGAGAUAAAGAGACGAGCACAGAAGAUGCGCAGACCACCCGGUGAAAUGUUCAUGGAGUGGAAGAAAGAGAGCAGAGAUAGACUCAGUAAGGGAUAUCUGCUGACUAGACCACCCAGCCAAGAGAGAGAAGAUGGAGGUUUUGAGAGAAAUAUGGAGAGAUCUAUGGAUAGAAGUGAUAGGAAUAUGGAGAGAACUGAUAGAAGUGACAGAAAUAUGGAUAGAGGUGAUAGAAACAGUGAAAGAUCUGAGAGAAAUAUGGAGAGAGGUGAUAGAAACUCACAAAGAAAUGAUAGAAAUAACCACUCUCUGGAUAGAAAUAAUUCACAAAGAAGUGAUAGAUAUAACGAGAGAUCUGAUAGAAAUAACAGAAAUAACGAUAGAUCUGAUGGAUAUUCACAAAGAAAUAACAGAAAUAACCAGUCUCUUGACAGAAACAACGAGAGAUUCGAGAGAACCACUCGCUCCCAUGAUAGACCUAAUAACCCGAAGACACGAAAAUCAGAUGGUGACUUGGUCUCUGUCAGAAGGAUACUUGAGGCCAGAAAGAAGAAGGAGAGGGACAGUAGGCGUAUGUCGUAUGCUUCUGAUAGAAAGUCACAGAGAGGCAGAAUAUAA